UAAAUUAAAUAUAAUAUGCAUACAUCUAAGAAUGACUGGAAACCUUGUGUACAACAUGACAGUGGAUCUGAGAGUGCACAUUUACUCUCUUCAGGAUCCCACACUAGUGUAGAACCUGGUAUAUUUCAAGAUUCUGAGACAAGUGAUUUAGACUAUACUCCAACACACAGCUAUUUCAAGUAUGGUAGUGUAGAAACUUGUAGACUGAAUUCUAACAUUACUGUAAUACCUAAGAGACCACCACCCCUUACUGAAGACCAUACUUUAGUUACACCUGUAGUACUAAAUACCUCUUCCACAUUAAGUGUAACACAAGACAGAUGUUAUGAAAUCCAUAAUACUGAUCUGGAAGCUACAGAAGCCACAUGUAAGGAUAUUAAACUAAAGCAAAGCUCUUUAGUCACCAUUCCUGGGAUUAUUUUGAUCCUUAUGAUGAGUGGUUUAUGUCUGUAUACUGCUUAUUGUCUUCUACUUGUACAUAAGCACGAUGGUGGAGACAAAGGCAUAGAAGUAAUUCAACUAUGUCAAAUAUAUCUUAAUAAAUGGGCAAAAUAUAUUGCCAAAACUUUUAGUAUUGCAGUUCUAUUAGGUGCAACUAUUACUUAUUGGGUAUUGAUGUCCAAUUUUUUGUAUAAUUCUGUAAAUUUUAUAUAUGUGUUAUUUAUUUUCAUUAUAGUAUUGUGCCCAAGGAAAGCAGUAUAUAAUAACACAAACUCUGCAAUUCAUAAUUAUACCUAUAACUCUUUGGACCCAAUUUGGGACCUAUAUAAAACAGUUCCCAUUUUUCUUGGCUUAUUAAUAUUUCCAUUUUUGAAUUUUAAUAGUGCCACCUUUUUUACAAAAUUUAAUUCUCUCGGAACCAUGUCAAUCAUGUAUUUGAUUAUCUUUGUCUUGGUUAAAUCAUCAUCAUGGGGCAUUAAUAUGAGUGAGACAGAAUGGAAAACAAGUUGGACAUUAAAAUCUUCAUUUCCUGCACUUUCAGGAAUGUUAGCACUGUCAUUUUUUAUCCACAACAUUAUAAUUACCAUAAUGCAAAACAAUCGUGAUCAAAGUAAAAAUGGAAGAGACCUUUCAAUAGCAUAUCUUCUUGUUACUCUAACUUACAUCAUAGUGGGUGUAGUAUUUUAUAUUUGCUUCCCAUUAAGUAAAUCGUGCAUUGAAGAUAAUUUAUUGAAUAAUUUUCAAAAGUGGAGUGGCCUAACAGUAGGUGCUCGAAUUGUUCUUCUUUUUCAAUUAUUGACAGUUUAUCCAUUACUUGCAUACAUGUUACGUGUUCAGUUGCUUGCAUCAAUAUGUAAAACAUUUAACACAGGCUGUGUUAUUGUAGUUAAUGUUAUUUUGGUAUCUGUAUGUAUUCUGUUUGCAGUAUUUGUACCAUAUAUUGGUACAAUAAUACGAUAUACUGGUGCUUUUAGUGGUUUUAUUUAUGUAUUUACUUUACCAAGUUUAUUAUAUUUAGUAAUUUUGAAACAACAACAAAAAUUAUCAAUAUUUUCUGCACUUUUGCACAUAAGUAUACCACUAUUUGGAUUUUUAAAUCUAGUGGCCCAAUUUUUUAUUACAGAGUCAUAA